AUGGUCUCGCUAGGAUACGACGACACGCACCCCUUCACCAACGUCGCCCUCCACGACCGAGCCUCCGUCCAGCAGCUGCUCAGGACCGUCCUCGACCCCCUCGAGCCGUUCUUCUCCCCUGCCAAAGCCCGCGUCAGGUGUCCGGGCGGCACAGCCGUUCGCUUUGACCAAACCGCCUCCGAGGUGGAAGGCAUAUGUAGGCCGCUGUGGGGUCUGGCAGCGUUGCUGGCCGGAAAUGGCGAGUACAGAGGCACAGAGUGGUGGAUCCAGGGCAUCAGGUCGGGCACCGAUCCGGACAGUCCUGAGUUUUGGGGGUUUCCUCGCGACAACGACCAGAGGAUGGUGGAGAUGUGUCCGUUGGGGUUCGCUCUGGCAGUCAUCCCCAACAUAUGGGACAAGUUUUCCUCCCGCGAGCGCAGCAACAUUGAGGCGUGGCUUGGAAACUCCAUCAACGAGAAAAACAUGCCCAACACCAACUGGCUGUGGUUCCGCGUCUUUGCCAAUCUCGGCCUCAAGAAAUGCGGCGCCAAGUACUCUCAAGACCGGAUCGACAGCGACAUUGAGCACCUCGACACGUUUUACCGCGGGGACGGGUGGUCCAACGACGGACCGGCGGGCGUUCACCAAAUGGAUUACUACUCCUCCAGCUUCGCCAUCCAGUUCCUCCAGCUGCUCUACGCAGAACUAGCCGGCGAGGAAGCCCGCCACCGAGCAGCGGAGUUUAGGAAAAGAGCCCAGACGGCUGCUCUCGACCUAGUUCAUUACUACGACGAGCAGGGACGAGCCAUCCCCUUUGGGCGCAGCGUCGGGUACAGAUUCGCCAUGGUGUCGUUCUGGGGAGCGCUCGCGUAUGCCAACGUCGAAUUGCCCGCCCCUCUGAGCUGGGGCAUGGUAAAGGGCAUUGUGAUGCGAAAUCUACGAUGGUGGCAGACGCAGCCAGACAUGUGGACAUCGAGCGGCACGUUGUCGUUGGGGUAUUCGUAUCCCAACAUGUAUAUGACGGAAAACUACAACAGCCCUGCAAGCCCUUACUGGGCUUGCUUGGCAUUCAUCUGCCUCGCCGUUCCCGAAAGUCACCCGUUCUGGACAUCAAAAGAAGAAGCACUCAGUCACGCGUUCCCCCGUGUCAAGGAGCUCCCUCACCCCGGACAUAUAAUGAGCCGACUCGGCGGUCACUGCAUGCUCUUGUCGUCCGGCCAAGCGUGCGGCUACCCAAUGAAAGCCACACACGCCAAAUACGGCGCGUUUGCCUACAGCAGCGCAUAUGGAUACUCUGUUCCACCGGGCCUUUUCUCCCUCGAGCAACACGCACUUGCGUCACAGAUGGGCCUCUCGGACGACGGCGGCGAGUCCUGGAAGACGAGGAGGCUCUGUGAGUACGCAGCCCUCGAGCACCGCGAGGGUGCCCUGCCGGUUCUGGUGUCUCGGUGGAAGCCCUUCUCCGAUGUGCACGUUACGACGACGCUGGUGCCGCCAGAGGAGAGCACGCCAAACUGGCAUUUGCGCGUCCAUCGCAUACGAGCGGGCAGGGAGGUCGUGACGGCAGACGGAUCCUUUGCCAUACGCAGCGCCGACAGCGUCAAUGGCAGACUCCUUGACCUGUACGACGAGGCUCGGUGCGAGGGCACGAUGCCCAGGCUCAUGGGCAACUACGAUACCGACACGGCCGAGGGAUGGGCCACGGGCAAAGCCGGCGCUUUUGCCGUGUCCAAAGGUGCGGUGGGCAUCAAGGCGCUGGAAUCGGGGCUGGUGGGCGAGAGGCGCGCCAUGCUGGUGAAUGCGGACCCAAACUCCAACUUGAUGGACAGUCGAACCACCAUCCCUACCCUGCAGCACACUGUUGACAAGGGUCAGACAGCGUGGUACGUGUCGGCAAUCUAUGCGAAGCCUGGAGAUGGGGUGCCAAGGUCGACCUAUUUGGACGGGUGGGAAAAGCCACCUGCCGUUCCUUCGUGGCUGGCAGAUGAGAUGGCGAAAGAAGCCGUCGUCGGUCUGUAG